AUGAUUUCGGUUGUUCUAUACUAUAGACAGUGCCAAUCAUUUACAAUACCUUAUACCAUUGUCACAGAUAUAUAAAGGAAGAAGCUAUUGGGAAUUUUAGAUUCAGGUAUUGAGAUAUUCAAAGCAAAUGAGACUGAACCUGUGACCUUUUGUUCUUUUCAAGAUAGAAAUUUAGCAUUCAGACGAGUAAAAGCACUUUGGAGGAAUGUAUCUCCUCAUGCUGCAAAAUUUGAUAGCGACGAAGAAGAUGAGAAUGAUGAAGAUUUUGUAAGUGGGAAUCUAACCCCUAAUAGCAAUAAUGCCCCUGAUAAGAGAUCAUUGUCACCAUCUCCAAUAAAUUUAAAACACUCAAGCUCAACAGGAUUUCCUCAUCAAAGGGCUAUGUCAGUAAGAUACAAUAAAGAUAUUCUGAGCGAGGAAACGAAAAUAAACAUCAACAGUAUGGUCAGAAUGUCUUCUGUACUUACUGGAAACAAAUAAUUCUAGGAGGAUAAACAAAAUUUUAAGAAUCAACUGCCAGUUGAUCUAUCAAGCAUAGAGGACACUAGUUCUCAGAAUCAGCAAUUCACUAGUUUAGAUAAGAAUCACAAAAAUCUAGGCAAAUUCAAAGAUGAUAUAAAAAAUGCAUCACCUUUUCAGCAAGAUAUGACAUUUUCUAAAUCAUUAAACAUGGGUAAUGGAGACCCUAUAAAAUAAGAACAAGAGCCUACAGAUGAAGAUCUUAUCAAGCUUUUGAAUGUUAAGGAUCCUAUUCCUACUGAAUGGACUUAAUUAGCAGUCUAAGCUUUUCCUUUAAGUGUAGAUGAAUUCUAUGACUCCUUUUUAAAGGAUGAUGCAGGCUAUGGAUUUGAUGUAUUUAGUUAAAAAAUGGAGAGAAAAGAUAUAAGUUUAGAGAAAUGGACUUCUGGCUAAGAUUCCAUUCCAUAGAGAUGGCUUAGAUCUGUGCUACCUGUAAAAGGCGUACCCUUUUUAAAUUCUACUAGGCAUUAAAAGCAUUUUAAACUAACUUAGAAAAGUGGAAACCUCAUUUUGCUUGAUAUGUAAAAUAAGAGCUUAGAUGUUCCUUAUGCAGAUAGCUUUCAGAUUGAUGAGAAAUGGCAGAUAAUAAGUGAUAAGUCUACUACCUAUAAGUGCUUGCUUAGAGUUUAGAUAAAUAUUGUAUUCGUCAAGAGUACUCUAUUCAAGGGCAGGAUAAUUUCUCGAACAAUUGAAGGAAUGAAAGAAAACAUUGAGCAUUGGAUAAGAAUAGCUAAGGAUCUGGGUUAUUUAGAAUAAAGAGUUAGACAGCCUAUAAUUGAGAAAAAGAUAAAACCUGAACCAAAAGUUAUUUCUGUCGAUGAAAACAUUCCUGAAAAGCAUUCAAAGAAACUAGUUAAAAGUUACAAAAGUGAGAGAAUAGUAUCAGAUCAUUCUAAUAAUCAAUUAUUAGAGUAGCCCUCCUCUGUCAAGGAAAAAUUCCAAAAGAUUGAUAAGCAACUUGAUAUGAUCAUUGGUCAAACUUCAUCAAUGAAAAGUAAAGCAAAAUCUAUUGAUACAGACGAUAAAUUCUAGCCACAGGAUGAUGAAAAAUAUAUUGUCAAUGAAGGUUAAUUAGAUAAACUAGCUAAUUAAAGGUUGAAUACUACCUAUAAAGAGCUUAGAAAGAAGAAGGAUAGACUAAAAGUGAAGUUGAUUAUACUAGCAAUUGUUUUCUUCAUAUUGGUUUUUGGAUUCAUAAUUUACUUGAUAGUCAAUAACUUCAAUCACAAAAUUGAAAAUCUAGAGAAAACUCUAGGUGUGUUAUUAGAUAACUAAAUUUAGAUAUAGCAAACUUUUAAAAGAGAGUUAAUACAAGCUUAGUAAAAGCUUUAGACUCCUAAAUAUUCAGAAUCAUCAUAGGGUGAUUUAUGA